UAUGAUAUCUGUUAUCGUUCCUCGUGUUUACAUAUCGUAUUCCGUCUUUCAAACCUCGAAAUCCUGGACGACUAAACGUUUGCAAUUACUCCAUACACAUAGUUUUGGUGUUAAACGUAAAAGUUACCGUUUGUCACCAACAUCUAAGAUGGAAGACACAGAGUUAGAAAACCUCCGUGCGAAAAGAAUGUCGCAGAUGCAGUCGGAACUCGGAGGAGGAUUGCAAGGAGAAAAUACUGCUGAAAAACAAAAACAAGCUGAACAACAGCGUCAAGCUGUUGAGGAUAUGAAACACUCAAUACUUACUCAAGUAUUGAACCAAGCUGCUCGAGCAAGACUGAAUACUUUGAUGAUUGGUAAGCCAGAAAAAGGACGUAUGGUAGAAAAUAUGUUACUUAGGAUGGCACAAUCUGGACAAAUUGUCAAUAAAUUAGGAGAAGAUGAACUUAUUGGUUUAUUAGAACAAGUUAACAGCCAGAUGCAAUCACAAGAGCGUAAAACUACAGUUAAGUUUGAUCGAAGGAGAGCAGCUCUUGAUGAUUCUGAUUCUGAAGAUUACUAAUAUUAAAUUAUUUCAUCUUAAAAAUAUUUUAUAACAUAAUAUAAAUAAAUAUAUAAAUAUAAUUUUUUACUAAUACAUUAAGUAGCUAUUAUGAAGUAAUGAAUUUUUAACAAAUUAUAUUUCCUGUCAAAAAAUAAAAAAAUAAUCAUAAUAAAAUAACUUGAGAUUUUA